AUGUUCUGUUUCCCUUAUUAUUGCACUUUUCUGAGCUUACUUAUCCCCUUUGUUAAUAUUUUCCUGGUGGCAGUUACCUCCUUUGUGGUGAAGCAUGAAAAGGGCAUUAUAACAAGGGGGAAAGGCAUAAGUAGAAAUACCUGUCCACAACAUUUUAGCAUUUGCAAGCAUAGCAGAAGCUACAUAUGCAACGACACAAACAGGUGUCACCGGAAACAUAAACUCAAUUUGAAUCGCCAUUUGUGGAGGAGAAAUGACUGGGUAGCUAAUACUUGUGUGGGCAAGAGGUGGGUGAGAUUGUACAUAUGUAGCAACCCCCUUCGCACGAAAAGAACAAACAGAAAUGAGAAAUUAAACCCGUACCAGUUGUCUCAUUUCGAGCGUAGCGCAUCAGAAGAGGAAUACAAAUCGGACAUAAGAGAGGAAGACGAGGAGAAAAUCAUGAGUCACACUUCGUCCCUAAGUGGCGUGAUGAAGAAGGCAAACGGGGACCCUGUGAAAUCGCGCAAUGAUGCUGCGAAUGAAGUUGACGAUGUAGAUGGGAAUGAUGCCUACCCACAAGAUAGCCACCUACCUGAUCGGCUAAAUUUGAACAGAACAGAGAAACAAAAAAUUAUUCUCAUUAUCGGAGUAACAUGCAGUGGGAAGACAAAGUUUAGCUUAGACUUGUGUGAAGAACUAUUGAAGAAUAAUGUGGAGAGCGAAAUAAUUAGUGCGGAUUCUAUGCAAGUGUAUCAAAAUUUCAAGGUAGGUAUAGCCAAAGUAGAGGAAGAAGAAAAGAGGGACAUAAAACAUCACCUGUUAGAUGUGUGCGGCCCCAAGGAAGAGUUCAAUGCUCAUAAGUUUAUUAGACAUACGAUACCCAUCAUCCGUAGUAUAAGUGAGAGUAACAAAUUAUCCAUCGUUGUUGGAGGUACUUUGCUUUACAUCGAGUCUUUGCUUUGGGAAUCUGUGAUAGACUUGGAAGAAGCCCACAGCGAAACGCAUAAAGAUAAAGGAGGAGAAGGCGGAACGGAUCCUUAUGAACACAAGACAAAUGCAGAACUGCAUGCUGAACUAAAAAGGGUCGAUGAAGAAAGAGCCAAUCAGUUGCACCAAAAUGACAGAAAAAGAAUUUGUAGAAGUCUAGAUAUUUUCUACUCACAUAAUAAAAAACAUAGCGAGCUAAUAAAAAUGAGAAAUCAUAAAAAUAAUGAUUUCGCUAAGACCAGGUAUGACCCCUGCGUCUUUUAUCUGGACUACGACAAUGAUGAUGUGCUACGGGGAAAUAUUGAAAAGAGAGUCGACGAAAUGAUUUCGAAGGGACUCCUAGACGAAGCCAUCAAAUUAAAAAAACUCAAUGAAAAUGCAAAUGUUCAGCUGUUUGGAAAGGGAAUUAACCAAAGCAUUGCAUACAAAGAGUUUGAUACGUACAUUGAAAAAAAAAUUAACAAUGAUGGUAAUGAACAAUUGUUCAAUUUGUGCAAAGAAAAUUUGAUUAGAAAAACGUAUAAGUAUGCCAAGCGGCAGAGAAGGUGGAUAAUAAACAGAUUUGUAAAAUGCUAUAACAUCCCGCUGAACAGGAUAGACGUGUCGCACAACUACGCCGAGCAGCUGACUGGAGCGGUACAGACGGUGCUAAAAUUCUGCCGCACUUGA